UGGGGAAGAAGAAUGACUUAUGAACAUUACUUCUUGGUAACAGGGGGAGCCGGCUUUAUCGGCUCGCAUUUUUUAGUUUACUUUGCGGAGAAGUAUCCACAUUACCAUUUCACCUGCAUUGAUAAACUUAACUAUGCAACCACCCACACGCGCCAAACCUUAACCAAAGUGGAGAAGAAGGCUAACUAUAGAUUUAUCCAGUGCGACAUUUCCUUGGAGUACGACAUUCUCUAUGAUUUACUUGUACGGCGAUUUCCCGAUACCAAAAUCACAAGCAUUAUCAAUUUUGCUGCAGAGUCUUCCGUAGAUAGAUCAUUUACUAAUCCCAGUGCAUUUGUUCGGAAUAAUAUUUUGGCAACCCAAAACUUAUUGGAAUGUUUAAGGUUAGCACUGGAUAAAUUCCCACAAAAUAGGUUUACAUUUAUACAUAUUUCUACGGAUGAAGUGUAUGGAGAAAGUGAAAAUGACCCGCCUGUAAGCGAGCUUGCAGCUUUGCAUCCAACCAAUCCCUAUGCGGCAUCCAAGGCUUCUGUAGAUAUGAUUAUACAAUCGUAUUAUUCAUCCUAUAAAGUACCAGUAGUUAUUUUGCGGCCUAAUAAUGUCUAUGGAAGUAACCAAUAUCCAGAGAAGCUUAUACCUAUGGCCAUUGCCAAGCUUCGUGACGGGCAGAAGAUCCAUAUUCAUGGAGAUGGAACCAAUAAACGUACUUAUUUACAUGUAAUUGAUUUGGUUCGUGCCAUUGAGAUUAUUUGGCGGGAAUGUGCCAUUGCCAAGUCUGAUAUGGUUACUGGGGGAAUUUUCAAUGUUGGCACUAAAGAUGAGUGGAGAAAUAAAGAUCUAGUGGCAAAAUUAAUUGAAAUAUAUCAUGGGGCAAGUAUCGAUUUGGCAAAUCAUUUAGAGUUUGUUGCUGAUCGGAAGUAUAAUGAUGCAAGGUAUCGGAUUUCUUCAGAAAAGAUCCAACGUUUAGGGUGGGAACCUCAAGUAAACUUUUUGGAUGGUCUUGAAAGUCUUGUCAAUGAAUCUUAGGACAUU